AUGACGAUCGAUAGUCUCUCUCUUCAUGGAAAAAUAGCCAUAGUUACUGGCUCUGGCCGAGAAAACGGCAUCGGCGCAGCUAUAGCGAUGACAUUGGCACGACACGGAGCAGCCGUCACCAUCCACUAUGUCAAUGACUCUGUAACUGACAGGGCCCAAGCCAUCGCCGACGGUAUAAGAGAAGAUGGUGGCAAAGCAGCGGUUGUUCAGGCCUCGAUCGAAACUCCCGAGGGUGCUCAAUACUUGGUUGGCGAGACUUUGAGGGCAUUUAACACUGACCAUAUCGAUAUCCUUGUCAAUAAUGCCGGAGUACCGCUCUUUGGCGAGACAUUGGCAGUCACUCCUAAACAGAUAUCUGAAGUACUGGACGUCAAUAUCAAGGGCACCAUAUUCAUUGCCCAAGCCGUUAUACCUCUUAUUGCACCCGAAGGUCGCAUCGUCAAUAUUAGUUCCAUCGCGUCCAAGCUUGGUGACAAUUACAUCCCAGUAUAUGGUGCUUCCAAGGCUGCUCUCGACAGUCUUACUUGGUCCUGGGCUAAGGAGUGGGGUCGUAGCAAGGGCAUCACAGUUAAUGCAGUCGCCCCUGGACCUGUCUUGACUGAUGCAAUCCCUGCAGCCAUAGCCGAUGAAUUCCAACGGCCCUCUAUCGAGAUGACGCGAGCUGCUAAUAGGGCUGGGACUGCGAAGGACAUCGCUGAUGCUGUGCUUUUGCUGGUUUCUGAGAAAGCGAGAUGGAUUACAGGGCAGUACAUCUCUGUCAGUGGUGGAGUUACCAACUGA